AUGGAGAACGGAGACGGGAAUGAUGAUCCACCACCUCUUCCAUCGAAUGUUCAGCUUCAACAACAACUCGAAGACUUGCAGAGGCGGUUAGAUCAAAGGCAAAAUGAGAUGGCUGAGAACAAUGUUUUUAGGGGCCGACCCACAGAGGAUCCUAACAAGCAUCUCACUAAAUUCAUCCAGAUGUGCAACACGACCAAGAUAAAUGGAGUCACAGAUGAACAGAUUCGAUUAAGGGUGUUCCCUUUCUCUCUGGAGGAUGAUGCCAAGGAUUGGCUGGACAGUAUGGAACCCAACUCCAUUCGCACGUGGGAGGCCAUGGUGGAAAAGUUCUUAGAAAAAUACUACCCACCGAGUGAGGCGUUGAAGAGGCAGUCAGAAAUCAUUUCGUUUGAGAUGACUCCCCAAGAGAGUAUCCGAGGAGCUUGGGAAAGAUUCAAGGGGCUGAUGAAGAGGUGCCCCAAUCAUGGGCUGAAUCCGACGCAUCAAGUCUUAGCAUUCUACAGGGGGUGUCUGCCUGAAGCAAAGCGUGAACUGAACCUGAGUGCAGGGGGAUCAUUGCUAAAGAAGGGAGAAGCAGAGGCCAUGGAGGUAAUUGAGAGGGUGACCUCUAAUGAUGAAGGCUGGAACAACGAGAGGAGCAAAGUACACAGGGUAGCCUCUGCCGCAGAGAGCAGCCAUAUGGACAGUAUGUAUAAACAGAUGGAGCUCAUCCACAAGAAGUUAGAUCUCAUGGGGAUGGGACCGGCGGUGCAGGAGCAGCAAUGGGGUGCAGAGGAUGUUAACUAUAUCCACCAAGGGGGCAAUAGAUACUAUAACAACUCCCGCCCCAAUCAAGGGGGUGGAGGUUACAACCAUUUUGAGAACAAUGCGCAUCCUAACCUAUCGUAUGGGAACCCCAACAAUGUCCUGCAACCACCACCGGGGUUCACAGUUUCUCAAGGGAUGAUCACUGAGCCGCAGAAGAAAAGUUCAGAGGACAUACUGAAUGCAUUCAUGACACAGUCACACAAGAACAUGAGGCAUUUCAAUCAAAGGCUAGAGAAAGUUGAGAAUAAUAUGCACGGCAUGGCAGGACAUAUGAAGAGCCUAGAGACACAGAUGAGUCAAAUUGCCCAAGCCAUGGGACAAAUGCAUCAAUCGGGGCAAUUCCCAAAAGAAGAGGAGAUUGAGGUGGAAUCACCUCUUAUGCAAUCCGAGGUUCAACCAGAGGCAAUUGCUUCUCCUAAACCAAAAGAGGUAAAAAUUCUUUUUCCUCAAGUGGUGCAAAAGAAGAAGCUGGAUGAGAAGUUUGUUAAGUUCCUUGAGAUCUUCAAGAGAGUGCACCUCAACAUACCACUUAUUGGGGCCCUCCAACAAAUGCCAGGUUACAUCAAGUUCUUGAAGGAGAUAAUGUCAAAGAAAAAGAGGUUGAUUGAUUAUGAAACCGUAAAUUUGACCGAGAAUUAUAGUGCAAUCAUCCAACAAAAGAUGCCUGCAAAGAUGAAAGAUCCGGGGAGACAUCUCUUGUGUGAUCAGGAAUGA